GUUGAAAUUCACUGCUUGUUCUUUUGUUCAAGUCCAGCAUUCUGCAUCGACAAUCAAGCUGCCAGUAUAGAGCACACCUGUCUGCUAGAUAUAUCGUACAUUUGAAUAUGUCGAGAAGGGUUGAAAAGGAGGCCUUAUUGGCUUCGCUGACUAACAAGCUGUUUUGUGCGAUGCUCGAUGAGAUUGUCAUGGAUGCUGCCAUAGAAGCUCACCACGAUGUCUUGAAGGGCCGCUCAAUAUGUACUACAUGCAAUACUCGUUGUAAUGCGGUGCACUUACCGGGCUCUGCGAGCUCGUCAUCACAAACCGUGCCAUCCUCGAGGCCAGCAACACCUGCCUCUGCGGACAACAAACAUGCUGCUCAUGGGACUGGUACAAGCACGCCCAAUGGCACAAAAUUAGAUGGAGGUACUGUGUAUUUAGACUGUGUUCAAUGCUCUCGACCGAUUGCCUCAAAUCGUUACGCGCCACACCUUGCCAGCUGUAUGGGGCUCUCCACAGCUAGAAGAUCUACGGCACGGACGAAUUCCAAGCCCAAACAAUCUUCCGAUCCUGGUAGGUCUGCAUCCCCAGUUACGGACGACGGGAACGUCUCAGAAGACAGUCGACCGCUAAAGUCUAAGAGCAAGUCAAAAAGUAAGCGAGCAGACGAAGCCGAGUUCAACUUGAAGCGGAAACGAGAUUCACUCAAGACGUCACCGCAAGUGUCUCCCAAUAAGAAGCAAAAACAGCAGAAAGGAUCCCCGGUGUCGAGGGUUAAAGCAGAACAUGAUGGGAUGCUGUCGAUGCCAAGUCUGCCAUCUACCAACUCGCACUCUAUGGUACCAUCAAAGCUACGAGAUUCAUCAACAGCCUCUUUCCUGGACAGGUCUUCACCCUCAUCUCGCGGGUCUUCACCAGAUGUUGGGUCCAUCAUGACAACAGUGUCUUCCUCGUUCUCAGGACACAGCCCAACAUUUGCUUCUCGUGGUUCUAAUGCGAAGAUGGUGAAGGGCAAGGGCCCUCCUCGACCCAUUCCGAAGAGAAUGAGCCCACCUCGGCCUCCGCCGCCUUCACUUCUACCGGACUAUAUCCAGGAUGAUGCCGGCGACGAAACAGGCUCAUCAACUGACACGGACAGCUCCUAAAUGGCAUCUUUUUGUUCAUCUCAUUGGAUUAUGUAUGAUACUGUAUUUUUAAUCAACAUCACGAAAGCAUCAGACCAGUCCU